CCAAUUUGCAUUUAUCGAAGGAAGAUCACUUUGGUGCCGUUGCGCUCAACAGGUUUUCAAAUAUAAGAAGGGGAGCGCGCUGCAGUCGGGGAGAGGCUGAGAGAGGUUCAUUUUUUCCCCUGCUUCUUUGGGUUAAUUCCUCUCGCUCCCCCUUCCUCGUCUGGAUUCGCUGUAGGACGCUUUCAGCCAUCUGGAGGGACACCGUUUACUUCACAGCAUCUCACACCAGUAUAGGCAAAUGGAGCAAACCUAUGGAGAGGUGAACCAGCUAGGCGGCGUUUUUGUGAACGGGAGACCCCUGCCAAACGCCAUAAGGUUGAGAAUCGUCGAGCUGGCCCAACUGGGGAUCAGACCGUGCGACAUAAGCCGGCAGCUGCGAGUCUCCCAUGGCUGCGUGAGCAAGAUUUUAGCGAGGUACAACGAGACGGGCUCCAUCUUGCCCGGUGCCAUCGGUGGGAGCAAGCCGCGCGUCACGACGCCAAACGUGGUGAAGAGCAUCAGGGAAUACAAACAGAGCGACCCCGGGAUCUUUGCCUGGGAGAUCAGGGACAGGCUUCUAGCCGAUGGCGUCUGCGACAAGUACAACGUCCCGUCCGUGAGCUCGAUCAGUAGGAUUUUACGCAACAAGAUCGGAAAUCUCUCCCAGCCUAACCAGUAUGAGAGCAGCAAGCAAGCCUCCGCGCAGGCCGGGCUCCCUUACAACCACAUAUACCCUUACUCCUACCCCAACACAAUGUCUCCAACAGGCACUAAAAUGGGCACCCCACCUGGGGUACCAGUGACUGCUGGGCAUGUGAGUAUAUCCAGGGCCUGGCCUUCCCCGCACACCGUCAGCAACAUACUGGGAAUACGAGCAUUCAUGGAUCCUACAGCAAUUGCUGGGACGGAGGGAUAUCCGACUAAAAUGGAGGACUGGAGCACCGUGAACAGAGCAGCUUUCCCUGCUCCGCACACGGUGAACGGAAUCGACAAGCCAGCCAUCGACGCUGACAUAAAAUAUGCUCAGCCUUCCUCGACUCUGUCCAGUUACGUCUCGGCGUGCGCCUAUUCUCCAAGCAACCAGUACGGGGUGUACAGUGGCCCUGCAGGCGGCUACGUGGCCCCGGGCCAUCACCACUGGCAACCCCAGAGCCCGGUCUUGUCCCACCCAGGCAGCGGGAUGGCAAUGCACGCAGGGGAGAUCCACUCGCCUAUGGCCUUCAAGCAUCAAGUCCGAGAAGGAGACAGAAAGCCUCCCAGUCCCCUCAGCAAGCAGUCACAGCAGCAACACGAAGGCUUGAACAGUGUGCACGGACUCAGCCUCGUUACCUCAUCCUCCUAACCGGAACUCAAACACACCCCAAUUACCAGACACAUUUAACUGAACUCAUUUCAACAGCUCCAACAGUAAGUGAGAUCACUGCAACGGCUUGUUUGUGACUGACAGUCAAAAACAAAAACGCAGGCCCCGUCCACAUGAGUAACGAGUGCGCACAGCAGCUCUGUCGGCCUUCAUGGCCACUUGAAUGUAAGCUUGCAUGGAUGUAUCGAUGUUUCCCCUCCCUGGUGGAUAGUUUAUUUACUUUUUGUUGUUGAGGUAUUUCAUGUUGCUAUAGGCUGUAUUUAAUUGAGGCUACAGGAUAAAAAGAAUACAUGUAAAUCCGCUCGAUGUUUAUUAAAAGACAAGAUCUAUUCUGUAAUUCGCCGUUUAUUAUUAUCCGAAAUUGUGGCCAUGAGUGACUUGACGAUGCGAACAAAAGUUAUAAAUUGUCUAAAUGUAAAGUAUAUGGCAAAGCUUUAAUUAUAUAUUUUUAUAAUUUCAUUGUGAAUAUCAAAAAUAAAGGCGGUCUUCAAUGCCA